GCCUCUGUGGCGGUGGGUCCGCCCUGGACCCCCGGCGCCCACGCGGCCCACUCAUGACCUCCGGGCUCCUGGGUUUGCUCCUGUUCUCCUGGACCCUGCAGAUGGGAGGAGAGCAGUCGGUGACCCACACUGGCCCUCCCAUUGUGGUCUCCUUGGCCAACAAGGUCAUUUCCUUUGGCUGCAAAAUCACCUACCUAUACACUCCAAAAUAUAAGAGCUUCAUAGUCCUCUACUACUACGUAGACCGCCAGAACAAGUAUAGUCCUAAGAAGCUUAUUGACUGCCAACCCAGCCAGGGCACAGAGAACCAGACCCACACUGUGGAGUGCCAGGUCACCCCUGAGCUGCCGGAUUCGUCAGCCACUGGCACCUACUACUGCUCCGUCCGGUGGCAACACAUCACAAAGGAUGGCAACGGCACCUUCAUCCUGGUCCGAGACUCAGGGUACCGAGAGCCCCCGCAGGGCUCCCAGGACUCCCUGCUCUUUGGCUUCACUAGCCUUCUGACCCUCCUGAGUGUCCUGGGCACAGCUCUGCUGCUCUGGAAGAAGAAACAGGUGCAGGUUCCAAGGAAGCAGCCGGUCCGGAAAUGCCAGGACCCGAGGUCGGCCAGCAGCCCCAAGCAGCCUCCAUGUGAAUCCAUCUACACCGACCUGCAGCGCCGUGAGACCGAGGUCUACGCCUGCAUCGAGGGUGAGGCCAACAGCCCACCCUUCUCGAGGAGCCCUUUCUCCCAGGAGGGACUAAACAUAUCUGAAGAUGGAGAGUUUGGCCUGGUCUAUGAAAAUCUCUAGGGCUGAGGUCUUACCCUGGGUCAGAAGCACUGGGCAACUCCUCCUUUCAAAGCGCUGGAUCAGUGCCAGCAAGAAGGCCCCAGGGGCACCCCACUGCCUCACCCCAAUUCCAAGCCUUCCUACCUCGGCCUGUCCCGCACCCCCAUUCUGCACCCUGGCCACGCCCGUGGAGUGUUCUGCUUCUUCAUACCUUGCCCGGGCUAUUUCCUCGGCCAGACGGGCUCUUCCUCCCUGGCCUAGUGGGCAAAGCGCUGGUCAGUCUCCAAGGGCCUUCCUGGACUUCACCUGUUCCCUGGGCCCUCCUCACCCUCUCACACUCCACAGGUGGUGUCCACCAUGGCUCUCUUGGUGCCAGCCUGUGCCACGGCCUCUUGUUUGGUGUGUCCCACCCCCAAGGCGGACUGUGAGCUCUGGCAGGGCACCUUGUGGUCAGUGCUGUGUGCGUUAGCAUGGGGGAGAGGGUGAAUAAACCAGUGGCUACGCAGAUGGUCCCACCUCCCUGUCAGUGCACCCAGGCCAGAAGCACAGGAUGGCCAUGCCGGGAGUGAGCAGGGGGCUGGCGGGGGAGGCUGUGGAGUCCAGGCACCAGGAGCAAUGCAGAGGCUGGGCCAGGCGCAGGGCCAGAUCUGAGGGCAAGGGGGUAGUGGUCGUUGCGCUGGGGGCCUGGAACAGGGAGGGCCCAGGCACCCUCAGUGAGGAAGGAGGUCCUGUAACGAAAUCCCACAAGCGGGUGGCUUUAAACAGCAGGAAUGUAUUGUCUCACAGUUCUGGAGGCUGGAAGUCCCAAUCCAGGGCGUCGGAGGACCAUGCUGUCUCUGGAGGCCCUAGUGUCUUCUAGCUUCUGGUGGCCCCAGGCAUUCCUUGGCUUGCAGCUGCAGUGUCACAUGGCUGUCUUCCCCGGUGUCUGUUCUCCUUUUUUAUAAAGACAUCACUCAUAUAGGAUUAGAAUUUACCCUAGUCCAGUGUGACUUCAUUUUAAUUUAAUUGAUAACAUCUUCAAAGACCUUGUUUCUAAACAAAGUCACAUUCACACGUACCAGGCGCAAAGACAUCAACAUCUUUUAGGAGGACACAAUUCAGUCCAUAACACCCGGAUAUCUUUAUUUUGAGGGGGUGGGGGAGGGAGGGUACUGGCUAAAAAGGGCAUCAAUGGCCCGAAGCUCUCCCCUACCCCAGCAAGAACUCCAAGGUGGUCUGUCAUCAGCCUGCCCCCCUACACUUACUAUGCCAACUCUCUUCUGGCCUCCUACCAUACUCAGGACCUCUGCUGCUCCUCCUUCCACCCAAGCCCCAGCCCCCUAGAAUCCCUCCAGCUGGCCAUCCUGACCCACCCACCUGCCACUACCCUCCAUGCCUACUCCUCCAUCCUUACUGCCCACCACCUUGACCCUUGCCCCACGUAGACCAGUCCCUUCCCACCUGGACCUGUGUGGUGCCUGAGGCCACCUCUCCCCCAUCACGGUCUAGCUGCAGGGCUUGGUGCUCAGAGCUCCCUGGGUGGGCAGGGGGGCCCCUUCACAUUGUGAAGACAGGACAAUGGCUCCUGGUCCCUUGGCGCCUGGAGUGGAGCCAUUUCUGUUGGUUAGAACACUCACAUUACCGCUCAUCUUACCCUAUAGCAGCCCUAAGUCCUAAGGGGAAUCCCAUUUCACAGGCGGAGGGGGCUAGGGGUAGGGUCGCCCGGGCUGUCUGGCCCGUCCCCUCCAGGGCAGGUGCUAAAAGAGCGUUCUGGAACUUACCUCCCUCCCACAAUCCCUCCUCUGCUUUUCUGAUUUGUGAAAUAGGCAGGUAAGUCCUCCCUCCCUGCAUUGCCCCAGGGGACCCAGAGAUGCCCCUGCACCCAAACCCCAGAUGUGCCCAGGGAGGGCAGGAAACCCCAAGCGCAGGCCCCAAGCCUGGCCCCCAAGCAGCCCCAGGCCACCAGCUCUUGGGGCAGCACCCAAAGGUCUGCAGGUUGGGCCCCUCCCUGCAGGGAGAGAAGGGCUGGGAGAGGGUGGGCAGGCAGGACAGACCAAACCCCAGAAAUCCCCAGAGCCCCUCCGCUCAGGCGGUCUCGGGCCUCCCUGGCCCACGCACUGGCCUCUGGCCUCCCCAGUGGGUCUGGGCCCAGGCUGGGCGUGCACAACCAGAAGAGCCCUUGGCGGGGUUACAGGGUUAUGUGGAGAGCAGGGCUUUGAAUUGGUUCAUUCUGGUUUAACCCCCCGCUGAGAAUUUGCAUUUCCACCCCAGAUAUACUGAAUCAGAAUCUACAUUCUAACAAGAUCCCCAAGUGGUUCUUAAAAAACAAAACCAAACCUGUCACCGUAGAGUCGGUUCCAGCUCAUAGCGACCCUAUAGGACAGAGCAGAACUGCUCCAUAGAGUUGCCAAGGACCGCCCGGUGGAUUCCAACAGUCGACCUUUUGGUUAGCACUUAAACACUACGUCACCAGGAUUUCCAGGUGUUUCUUAUGGAUGAUAAAUUUUGAGACCCAGUGCUUUACUAGUGGCUCUUAGAAUGGGUCCCUAGCUAGCAGCAUUAGCAUCACCUGGGAACUUGUUAGAAAAACAAAUUCUCAGCAGGGGGUUUGAACCAGAUCUAACUGGUUAGAAGCCCUGGUGGAGACGGCUGGCUCUCGAGAGGCUGGACCUUAAUUGCCCCAGGUCUGUUUUGGGAGGUGAAGCUGCCUCUCACAGAGCUGCUGCCCAGGUUCCUCCCUCUGACAGCCUUGCAGGGGUGCAGGGAGGCCAGGUAGGGGAACAGUGUCAGCAGAAUGCAGUGACCACCGUCUCCCCACUCCCAGAAAGCUGGAGCCAGGAAACCUGCAUCCACUACCUCCUGGCUUCUCUGUCCUCAGCCUGGGUCCCUGACCACCACUAGGAGUCAGCUUCUCCUGCCUGACCCAGGGGAGUGGUGGAGACUGGUGGGGCUGCCCCGACUCCCCACCCCUACCCUGGCCUAGGCCCCACCACCUCGCUGGACACAUGCAUCAGUCUCCUCCUUCCUACAGCUGUCCACCCCCCACAAUCUCCACAAAGCGGCGGAGGGGUCCUGGCAAAACCUAAGUUGGGUCACAUCCUUCCCCUGCUCAGAACUUUCCACCAUCCCCCUCACUUGGAACAAAACUCCAUUUCCUUCCUGGGGUCUCAGGGACUGCCUGUUGGCUGUCACUCCUCCCUGUCACCCUUCUGUGGACACAGAUGUUGCCAGUGUGGUAGCCUGGCCUGGUGCAGAGGGCAGGAAGCCAGGGGGUCUGUAGUGAGCAGGAGAGAGGCAGAGAGGAGGAGGAGGGUGUGGGUGGAAGGGCAGGACACUCUGAGGGGCCUUGACACAAGGUGGGGCGGAGGCAGAAUCUGGAGCCCCCAGACACCCUGUUCCCCCGCCCUGGGACUGAGAGCUGAAGGGCGGGGUCAGAUAGCAGUAGAGGGGGCGGAGCCCCUUGAGGGCAGGCUGGAGUCUGACUCUGAAUGGGUGGAGGAGAGAGGAAGGGAGCCUGGGUUUCCACUGACAAACCCCAUGGUGGUGCUCAGAGGACAUGCAUUUCCUCCAUGAGGGGCAGGAGAGAGGUCACCCGGCCACCCUGGGAGGUGGAAACCCCAACCUGCGGCCACAACUCUGCCUACCUCUGUCCCCAAGGAUGCACCAGGUAGGCAGAACAAGGGUGGGGCCAGGGCAGGUAGAAGGGUGGGGUGGAGCUCUGGGCCAGGAGGAGCCAGGGAGGGCUGAGGGGGAGAAGCUAAAACAGCAGAGAGUGUGCCAGGGAGAAGGCUUGAGUCCCGGUGAAGGAGACUUGGUCCUGGAGGAGGCUUGCUGGCGGCGAAGUCGAGGCAAGCCUGUGAGGGACAGGCCUCAGGCACUACUUGCUUCUGUCUGGACCCCACCCCAGCGUCCCACGCAGAGGGACAGACCUGUGUCUCAGGGUCUUAACAGGUGCUUCCCUUGGUCUGGCUGGCCCUUGCCCUGACUGGGAAUUUCUCAGUGGAACCUGCCCUGCCCUCCCAGGCCCAGCCACCUUCUUCUGAGCCUCAGGGCAUCUGAAAGGUUUAAAAAAAAAAAAAAAAAAACAGCAGUCACCCC